AGAUUAAUCAGGAGGAAUGAACCUCAUCCUCAGGACUUAAAAGAGGAAGCUAAUAAGUUUCUUUGCCUGAAGAACAUUCGGACCUUUCUCACCACGUGCUGUGACACAUUUGGGAUGCGGAAGAGUGAGCUGUUUGAUGCCUUUGACCUUUUUGAUGUCCGGGAUUUUGCAAAGGUGAUUGACACACUGUCAAGUCUUUCCCACACUGCGAUAGCACAGAGUACAGGUAUAAGGCCGUUUCCCACUGAGCAAGCUGUGGAUGAUGAAGAUAUUUACAAGAGCCUUGCUGACCUGAUCGAUGAGGGCAGCGUUGACGAUGAUGAAGAUCUUUACGACUGUGUCUAUGGUGAUGAUGACGGUGGUGAGGUUUAUGAAGAUUUGAUGAAAGUUGAAACAGUCCAGGCUCCUAAACAGUAUGAGACGGAUAUCCGGAGCUGCUGCCUCCUGGAGAUCAGACAGACCGAGGAGAAAUACACAGCAACACUUGAAUCGAUUGAGAAGUAUUUCAUCUGCCCACUGAGGCGGGUUUUAACGGCUGGAGAGAUGGCGGUCAUUUUUAUUAAUAUUGAGGCUUUAGUUAAAGUUCACAGAGACUUGAACGAAGAUCUGAAAAAUGUCAUCAUGUCGAAGAAUGAUCAGAAUCUUUAUCAAAUCUUCAUCAACUACAAGGAAAGGUUACUGCUUUAUGGUGACUAUUGCAGCCAAGUGGAGAAUGCAAUCAAGUGUUUGGAUGAGAUCAGUAAAUCUAGACAAGAUUUGCGAUUGAAGCUGGAGGAGUGCGCGAACAGAGCAAACAAUGGAAAGUUCACGUUGAGAGAUCUCCUGGUUGUACCGAUGCAGAGGGUCCUCAAGUACCACCUCCUCCUUCAGGAGCUCAUGAAACAAACACCUGAUGGUCAGGAGAAGGCAAAUUUACGGCUGGCGCUGGAUGCGAUGAAGGACUUAGCUCAAUAUGUCAAUGAAGUGAAACGGGAUAAUGAGUGCCUACGAGAAAUUAAUCAGUUCCAGCACAGUAUUGAUAACCUGAACCAACCUCUCACAAAGUUCGGACGGCCCAAAGUAGAUGGGGAGAUGCGGCUAAUGACCCUGGACAAACGGACUCGACAGGAUCGACACAUCUUCCUGUUCGACAAGGCUGUCAUUGUGUGUAAGAGACGUGGAGAUAACUAUGAAAUGAAGGAAGUAAUUGAUUUGAGCAUUUACAAGAUAACAAACAACCCAACAACAGACAAGGAGAAUAAAAAGUGGUCACAUGGAUUCUACCUCACACAUCUGCAUGGCCAAAAUGGGUUUGAAUUCUUCUGUAAGACAAAAGAGCUGAAGAAGAAAUGGUUGGAGCAGUUUGGAAUGGCACUAUCAAACAUCCGGCCAGAGAACGCCAACAGCAACAAUCACAUAUUCAGUAUGCACAGCUUCGAAAGGGUCACAUGCUGCUCUGCAUGUCUGAUGCUGCUCAGGGGGAUAUUUUAUCAGGGUUACCUGUGUACAAAGUGUGGAGCUGGAGCACACAAGGAAUGUUUGGGCAGAGUCGGGACGUGCAGUAAAGCAGCAGCAGAUUCUGGAAGAAUGAAUCAGGGGAAGUGGUUCAAUGGAUACAAGACUAACAGCAGGCACAGAGACCCUGGGUUACCAAAGAUGCAAGUGGUGAGGCGAUACAAUGGAACCCCCCAGCCGCCUGGGAACACAGGCCCUGCCUUACUCAUGCAGCUUGGGGACAUUCUCGAGGUGAUCUGUGCUGAAGCCCACUCCACCUGGUGGCAGGGUAAAAAUCUGACAACGAGGGAAAUUGGAUUUUUUCCAAGUGACUCAGUGAAGCCCUUGCCCUGUGUCCCAAAACCCACAGAUUACUCUGCAUUCCCGUGGUACGCAGGGCCAAUGGAACGGCUGCAAGCUGAGAACGAGCUGAUCAACCGUGGCAGCAGCACCUUCCUGAUCCGGCAGAGGGUGAAGGAGUGUGGGGAAUAUGCCAUCAGUGUCAAGUACAACAAUGAGGUAAAACACAUCAAAAUCAUCUCCAGAGAUUCUUCAUUUCACAUUACCGAGAACAAGCGAUUCCAUGCUUUAACCGAACUUGUCGAAUAUUACAAAUAUCAUUCACUGAAAGAGGGGUUCCGCUCCCUGGACACAACCUUACGUUACCCCUACAGAGACCCUCAGGAUGGCUUGGCUCAAAGAGCUCACCGUGGGCGGGGAUCUUCUGCUUCUGUAUUCUGUGGGUUUUCAUUUGUAAAUCCUGCCGGUUUCAGCUUUGUACCUCCUUCCUCGACACCCUUCUGGUCAGCUUUGGGCCCAAAGGUGGUUGGUGUUGCUGUAGCACAAUAUGCCUUUUCAGCGAGAGACAUGAGGGAGCUGUCACUGCAGGAGGGAGACAUGGUGAAGAUUUACAGCAAGAACGGACCCAAUGGAUGGUGGCGAGGAGCUGUCAAUGGGAGGGUUGGUUGGUUUCCAUCCACGUAUGUGGAAGAAGAGGAUGAUUGUUUUCCAGACUGACUCCUUGCCGCAGCGGAUGCUCGAGGAUUGGUGAACUAACACAGAUACCCAUGUGCUAACCAUCUUGGAGACAGUGGGGAGGAUUCUGUCCCUGCCUCAUGUGCAGGGGGCGAUGUGGUUUCAGGAGCUGAUGGGUUCUUCAUUGGGAUGACAGGAAUCUCUGCCGGAAACAUAGUGAGACUCUGUUCUGGGACAGGCUGAGGAUCUGAUUGCGGGCAAUUACCUUGGAAUCCAAAACGAGGAGCAGAGUCACCUGGACUUUGAGAGGAUUCAGAUCAGGCUUUGAGCAGAUUGACAGACAGCCUUGAUGUAUCACUGGGGCUCUGCCGUUUCUGUGCCUCUGUGGAACCACUAUUUGAGUGUUACUUCUGGCUGGAUAUUAGAAUCAAUUUAAUUUAGCAAAGUCCCAUCUGUUUACACAGCCCAAGAGCCAGAUCCACGCUGAGCUCCAUCAGACCAAUUUGAAAACAGUUCAAACUGUUCAACCACUUUGUUGGAAAAUAAAUCCAAUCAAGAACAAAUCAGACUCAGUGACUGGUCCCAAACAGCAAACAUAUCUGACUGGCAGGCAGCUUCCCCUCAAAAUCAGAGCAUACCCCGAACAUCAAACCCCAACCCAAAGAAUGGAACGCAAACUUAAAGCUGACACUCUCACAGCAAUACUGAGGGAGUGCCGCACUGUCGGAGGGUCAGUACUGAGGGAAUGUCACACGGUCAGAGGGUCAGUGCUGAGGGAGUGUCACACUGUCAUAGGGUCAGUACUGAGGGAGUGGGCACUGUCAGAGGGUCAGUACUGAGGGAGUGCCACACGGUCAGAGGGUCAGUACUGAGGGAGUGUCGCACGGUCAGGGGGUCAGUGCUGAGGGAGUGCCGCACUGUCGGAGGGUCAGUACUGAGGGAAUGUCACACGGUCAGAGGGUCAGUGCUGAGGGAGUGUCACACUGUCAUAGGGUCAGUACUGAGGGAGUGGGCACUGUCAGGGGGUCAGUACUGAGGGAGUGCCACACGGUCAGAGGGUCAGUACUGAGGGAGUGCC